CAGUGGUGGGCAGUGCAUUCGAGAGGCUCUACCGGCAGUGUGGGGCAGCCUUGCACGGACGCUAGCCGUCCGCGUACUGAAACCGCGGGAAAAACGUUGCGCAGGAGUGACAAUUUAAUUAACUUUAUUUAUGUGUGAUUCAGUGCUGAAUAAAUUUCCAAGGGAUAUAAUAUAACGGUUCCACAAUGAAGAUCCACAUAAAAUUCUUGGAGCUGGUGCCGGCGCGGUUCAUCGUGGCCAUGAUGAUGUUCUUCGCGUGCUGGGUCAACUACAUGAUGCGCGUCAACAUGAGCGUCAACAUCAUCGCCAUGGUGCCCGGGGACUCCAGGGACAUCGCCAAAGUGCAGAGCGAGUGCGAGGCCAUCGUGGCCAACAGCUCCCUGCUCAACGACACCUCGUCUGUGAGCACCAGGCCCCUCAGACAGCCAGACGGGGUGGUGACGUUUGAUUGGUCGACGCAGCAGCAGGCGUAUGUUUUGGCGGGGUACUUCUGGGGCUACGCAAUCACGUGCCUGGUGGGCGGGACGGCGGCGGAGCGCUGGGGCCCGCGCCGCGUGGUGUUCAUCACGAUGCUGGUGGCCGCGGUGCUCACCACCCUGUCUCCGCAGGCCGCCAGGCUGCACUAUAUGGUGUUGGUCGCUGUACGAUUCGUCUCUGGACUGGCGUCGGGCUUCCUGUUCCCGGCACUCCACGCCCUCGUGGCGCACUGGGCGCCGCCGGCGGAGAAGGGUCGCUUCGUGAGCGCGCUGCUCGGGGGCUCCAUCGGGACCGCCGUCACCUGGUCCCUCACCGGGCCGCUCAUUGAGAGCUUCGGGUGGGAAGCUGCGUUCUAUGUUCCUGGUGCAAUAUCGAUAUUCUGGUGUGUGGCGUGGUGGUUCCUGGUGUACGACUCCCCGGCUCAACACCCUCGAAUUUCAGAAGAAGAAAAAGUGUACAUUUUGGAAGCCAUCGGUGAUAAAGUACAGCACAGCGAUGAAUUCCAUAAGAUCGUGCCCCCCUUCAAGAGCAUCUUCACUUCGCUGCCCUUCCUGGCCAUGCUGGUCCUCCACUACGGCAGCAACUGGGGCCUGUACUUCUGCAUGACGGCGGCGCCCAAGUUCGUCUCCUCCGCGCUCGGGUUCGACCUCACGUCCACGGGCGGGCUCGCCUCGUUGCCGUACCUUGCCCGGAUGAUCUUCUCAUUGAUAUUUGGGGCUAUUGGUGAUAGAAUAGUGAAGCAGAACAUCGUCUCCAUAACCUUCAUGCGGAAGUUCUUCUGUCUCUUCUCUCACAUCGUGCCAGGGUUGCUGCUGAUAGCGCUGGGCUACACGGGCUGCGCGCCCAUCCUCUCAGUCGUGCUCAUCACAUUCUCCAUGGGAUCCAACGGCGCGUCAACCCUGACCAACCUGGUGAACCACCAGGACUUGGCCCCGAACUUCGCUGGAACGCUGUACGGCAUAGCUAAUGGGAUCAGCAACUCGGCUGGGUUUAUCACGCCGCUGGUUACGGCGUACUUUACUAAGAACGGGAACGGCUUCGAGGAGUGGCGGCCAGUGUUCAUAACCGGUGCCACAGUGUACAUUGCGUCGGCUGUUUACUUCAUACUCUUCGGCACUGCGGAGACCCAGCAAUGGAACUACGUGGCGCCACAACCCCGUGAAGACCGAAGGAAGCGGCCCAGUGGAGCUUCUUCAUCAGCUUCCACCGGAUCCACGGAUACCACCGUCACCAUCCCUGCUAAGACAUAGACUGUUAUAUUUUCCGAUAGGUUUACAAUUAAUAUGAUCGAAGAUCUACUUAUCAUCUCUUAUAACCAUGGUUUGUGAAAGUUGUUCUUUAUAGAUGGCGAGCCCUCUUUCUACAAUGUAACUCGCUAUGUUGAUGGCAUGGCUUUGAUAGAUGGUAGUGUGUGAUGGUGUACGUGACAAAUACUAACGCUGGAUUAGCGUUUGUCACCGAUGUCACAAUAGAUCCUGAUGAAUGGCAACAGUAUUGUAGGUAGAACGUUGAACGUGCUUUAAGUUUUGUAUUCAAAAUAUUUGGAUUUAAUUUAAGGAGUCGAAGGGAACCUACAGAUAUGUAUUCGGAAUCUCAUCAACGCAUGAAAGCACAAUUCGUAAAAUAAUAAUAUGAUGUUUAUCUUACUUGGACUGGAAUGUUUGGAACCAUCACUCUAUUAGGGGUGAUUUAAUAUAAAAAAAUAUAAGAAACAUGGUAUAUAACUAUACGAGUAUAAUAGGUACAUAUAAACUGUAUGGUAUAAUAUGUUAUAAUUGAUGAUGAUAAUGUUGAAGUUGGUAAUGAACUGCUAAGAAAAGCUCAAAGUAUGAACAAGCGAUAGAAACUUCACACUUAUUUUAAUCUAAAAAGGCGUAAUGAUGUAUAAAAUGUACAAUAAUGAUUUAUCUUAGUAAGAAAGAAUUGCCAGCAACAAGUGGCUUAGUAAUUUUAGAGUGAUUGUAUUAUUUAUAUGAGUAGGGAAAUAAAUAAGUACUUAUUUGGAAAAUCUAAGUAAUUUGGAAUAAGUUUGCAUAAGUAAUAAGUAGCUAUAAGAUUAGGACGCCUGUUAUUUACUGUAACGUUAUUGUUGUAUUUAAUACGAAUAAAAUAAACUUUGUAAGGUAAAGUUAAGUAUUCUCAAUGGAGGAAUUACUGUGAUGAGUAAAAGUGGUAUUUAAAUAAAGUUUUAAGUAAUU